AUUUUUGUUUAAAUUUUGCUUUGCAUUUUGAUGUUUUGCAGAAAUUGUAACUUCAGUUGUCUCAAAUGUGGUGUCUGCUCUUGUUAAGUGGCUAUGGUCACUAAAAUCAGCACCCAAAACCGGUAACUUUACUUCAAAGUUUCAAUCUUUUUCCUAUUUUUCUCUGUUCUUGGUUUUCUAGUCUCUUUGUAUGGAGACUAAAGAUUGGUUUUUUGCGCUAAUGGCAUUAUUGAGAUUUGCUUUUUCAGCUGUUUCUAGCCGUUCCAUGAUGAAAUUUGAAAGUGGAUAUACUGUGGAAACAGUAUUUGAUGGAAGCAAGCUUGGGAUUGAGCCAUUUUCUGUUGAAGUUUCCCCAAGUGAAGAGCUCUUGGUGUUGGAUUCUGAAAACAGUAACAUUUACAAGAUCUCAAUGCCAUUGUCUAGAUACAGCAGACCUAAGUUGGUUGCUGGAUCAUCCGAAGGGUACUCUGGGCAUGUAGAUGGGAAACCAAGAGAAGCUAGAAUGAAUCGUCCAAAGGGGCUUACUGUGGAUGACAGUGGAAAUGUGUACAUUGCAGACACAAUGAAUAUGGCUAUCAGGAAGAUCAGUGAAUCAGGGGUUACAACUAUUGCUGGAGGAGGAAAAUGGAGCCGAGGAGGAGGCCAUGUCGAUGGUCCAAGCGAAGAUGCAAAAUUUUCAAAUGAUUUUGAUGUGGUCUAUGUUGGAAGUAGCUGCUCUCUUUUAGUUAUAGAUAGAGGAAACCAGGCAAUUCGCGAGAUUCAACUCAAUGAUGAUGAUUGUUCGUAUCAGUAUGAUGGCAGUUUUCGUCUAGGUAUAGCAGUGCUUGUUGCUGCUGGCUUCUUUGGUUACAUGCUGGCCUUGCUGCAGCGUAGGGUACAAGCAAUGUUCUCUUCCCAUGAUGACUCAAGAACUCCAAUAAAGAGAGCAGCAACUAUGGCACCAUAUCGGAGGCCUACUAAAUCAGUCAGGCCUCCAUUAAUUCCUCCUGAAGAUGAACCUAAAAGAGCAGAAGAGGGCUUCUUUGGAUCAAUUGGUAGGCUCGUCGUCAACACUGGCUCAUCUGUGGCAGAAAUCUGUGGGGGACUAUUUUCUGGCUUCCGAAGGAAGCCUCGCCACUAUCAGUUUCAACAUCAGUACCAGCAAUCAACUCUGCAUUCGAGAGGAUGGCCUAUGCAGGAGAGCUUUGUGAUUCCUGAUGAAGAUGAGCCACCUCCCUUAGAUACUAGAACUCCAACACCCAAGAGAAGUUACCCAUUUAUGACCAAGGACCUUGAGAGAAAACACCAGAUCAAGCAAAGCAGGCCUCACUAUAAUGGAUGGGAUGCUAACUAUCAGCGCCAUCAAGAGGAGCAAAUGCAGAUGCAGCACCAUCAAGAGCAGCAGCAGCAGCAGCAUCCGCAUAAGCAUUAUUCAUCCAACCCGCAAACUUAUUAUGAGAAGAACUGUGAGACAAAUGAGAUUGUUUUCGGGGCAGUUCAAGAACAAGAUGGAAGGCGCGAAGCUGUGGUGAUAAAGGCUGUAGACUAUGGAGAUCCUAUUUAUAACCACCACAAUCUGCGACCUCGUUUGAAUUAUAUGGGUUACUCGCAUGGCUAUUGACCAUUUCCUAGAGCUUCUUAAUCAAAUGAUAGCAAACAAAAAUCUUUCGAGUUCAUAUAUAUGCUAUGAACACGGGGAUGUAGGACUGUGGAUGAUGAAAGUUUUACAGUUUUCAUUUGAUUUUCCUUUCUUAGGAGAUAUGGUAGUUUCCAAGUUUGUUCCUCAUAAAUGGUUGUAAUAUGUCUUCUGUUUGACCUAGAAAUCAAGAGAAUCAAGUUACUGCAGUAGCACUUGGACAUCUUAUUGUCAAUCUGGAUGC